AUGGUCCUAAAGUGGCAAAAAGCUUCGCAAAACCUCCGUGGCAUGUCCUUGUACAUGAAACUCAUUGAUCACAUUGAAGACAAUUUAGGAGAGAUUCUGAAGCAAGUAAAAACCUCCCCUUCAGAAGAUCCAUUAGUCUUUUACACCAGAGAAUGGGACAAAUUCAUGGAUUCAUCGACCCUCCUUUCUAAAGUCCUGGCAUAUCUGGAUCGUGUCUAUAUAAAAGGGACAAUCGAAGAUGGGGGCAUUCAAGAUUAUGGGGGGCACUUUGCACUCUACGAUAUCCGUACUUUGCAUAUCAUCCAGCGAGACAGCAUUUUGGUACCUGGGGUCCGAAAGAGAAUACAUUUUGCAGCGUGGAAGGCCGCUGUAACGGGCUCAGGGGGCGAAAUAAUUAGGCACCCUGCGGUUGAGCAAAUCAUCAAUUUAUCUAGCAUUCGACGGCCCCUGCCAUUGCCCUCAAAUCUCAGACUUCGACGCUUAGUCCUCUUAACACGCCCAGUAGAUCGGCUACGAAGGAUGAUGAACAAAGUGGGGAAUCCAGGCAGGGGAAGCUUGGUAACGUUGUCUCACUGGGCUCUUCUUAUUGAGGAUGAGCCCUACAAAGGGACUUUACACGAGAUCAGAGUCCUGAAAGGAGCUUCUCGACGGCAAACCCGACGUUAUUCCCAAACAGAUGGAUGGGCUCGACAAGUUGUCGGUGAUACUCUGCUCAACAACUCUAACAUCCAGGAAUACGGUUUGCCCCUUUCGAAUAAUUGCCAAAGGUUUUGCAUCGAUCUUUUCCAUUCGAUUCGAAUCCCUUGUAACGAAAACGACAUACUCAAGGGAGUCGAACGAUACCCGUACGAAUUCAGCGCAAUGAUUCGAAGUCGUCGAUGCCAAGAGUUUGAAUGGUUGUCGUACGAUCGCUAUAGAGGCAAUCUGGCACCGGUCCCGUCCAUACCUACUCCAAUCGAGACUUAUACCGUCCUAGCGCUCAACACGGCACCUAUCAUUUUCAUCCGGUGGGUAGAAAUCAGCGCAUGGCGUCUUGUUUACAUGAUCUUUCUUGUCGGCCUGUAUGCUCUUUACGCCAAACCUAGUGGGGUGGGGUUCAGGCUCAUUUCGAGGCGCAAAGAGGAUCCUUUCAAGUCCAUUUACCGCGAAGUUACUCGUCAGAGGCAUCUACGUAAGCUCGGUAGCUCAUCGUCAACAGUGUCGGCAUUUCAGAUUAGUAAGGGAAGGAGAAAAGUUACAAUGCCUGUUACAUCGCGUAAGCGAGGAACCCCAGUGGGACCCAUAUCGACGCCUAGAUAG